UCAAAUAUUUUUGUUCCAACCACAAGUAUACAGUCUAUCUUAACCGCUGAGACUUCGUUCAAGCCACAUGUAUACAGAGGAUCCCUACUUUAGCCAACAACUUUAAACUUGUCUUCAUUUCUUGUACCAUUUCUUCUUUCAGCUCUUUGCUUUCUUACACUCGAUCCAGCCAAUUGUUUGUGGGGGAGGUAGGGGAUAGGGGGGGUCUGGACAUAUUUUGAAUGUUAGUUGAGCUCAACUACUUAUUUUGACUAGAUAAUCUCAUGCAGAAUCCUGUAAAAAGUAGUACUAAGCUCCUUUACCUACAUUUGAUCAUCAUUAACUUCUGGGUCGUCCUCCUGAAUGGUCAAAAUGCGACGAAGGUUGAUGUUGGGGUAAUCCUUGAUUUGGACACCCUGGUGGGAAAGAUUUCAAAAACCUCCAUGCUUAUGGCACUUGAAGAUCACCGGUCCAACAACAUUCAGGAUAACACUACCAUUAGGAUUGUCGCUCACCUCAGAGAUUCAAAAUCUGAUUCUGUUGAAGCAGCUUCUGCAGCCAUAGACCUCCUCAAAAAUGUCCAAGUCGAGGCAAUUUUAGGCCCUCAAACGUCGGCACAAGCAGAUUUUAUUAUCGAUCUCGGGAACAAAGCCAAAGUUCCAGUAAUUUCGUCAGCCGCAAGUCCAUCUCUUUCUCCCAAAGAGUCUCCGUUUUUUGUCCGAGCAGCACAUUGUUCGUCCUCUCAGGCUACAGCCAUAGCAGAGAUUAUUAAAACUUUUGGUUGGAGGAAAGCUGUCCUUGUCUAUGAGGACAGUCUUUAUGGUAGUGGAAUAGUUCCCUUCUUGACUGAUGCAAUGCUAGAAAGCAAUACCAUAGUUUCCUAUCGAAGUGUCAUAUCUCCUGCUGCUUCGGAUGAUCAGAUUCUUGAAGAGCUAUACAAGUUAAUUACCAUGCAGACCAGGGUCUUUGUGGUUCAUCUGCUGCCAUCUCUUGCUUCUCGGUUAUUUUUGAAAGCAAAUGAAGUGGGGAUGAUGAGCCAGGGCUAUGCCUGGAUCAUUACAGAGGCUCUUACGAGUCUAUUGGAUUCUGUUAAACCUGCGGUCGUGGACUCAAUGCAAGGGGUACUGGGAUUGAAGCCUCAUGUCCCUAGAUCAAGUAAAUUGGAUAUCUUUACAAAGAGAUGGAGAAAGAGAUUCAGGGAAGAGAAUCCAGAGAUUGAUAGGUUCGAGUUAAACAUUUAUGGGCUAUGGGCGUAUGACACCGUGAUCGCACUAGCAAAGGCGACAGAGAAAGCCGUUAAUAUGGCUCAACCACAAUCCAAGAAAAAGGCGGUGAUAAAUGGAAAGAACCUCUCGGACUUGGAUAUGAUUGGAACUUCAGGAAUGGGAGCUGAGCUCAUUGAAUCUGUCCGAAAUAUCAGAUUCAAUGGAUUGAGUGGCGAUUUUCACAUUAUUGAGGGGCAACUACAGCCAUCUGCUUUCGAGAUUGUGAAUGUAAUUGGAAAAGGGGAGAGGAAGAUUGGGUUCUGGACUGAAACUUAUGGCAUUUCAGAUAAGCUGAAACCAAAUGAAGCUCAAUUGGUGCAUGAGUCUAGUAAGGACAAUAUCGGUAUCAUUAUAUGGCCGGGUGAGUCCAACAUUGUUCCUAAGGGCUGGGAAAUGCCAACAGGUCAUGAAAAGAAGUUAAGGGUUGGAGUUCCGGUCAAGAAUGGAUUGCCAGAAUUUGUGAAGGUGGAAAAGGAUCCCGUAACAAAUGCUGUCAUUGCAACUGGUUUCUGUGUGGAUGUAUUCAAAGAGGUCAUGACGUCCCUCCCAUAUGCAGCCUCCUAUGAUUUUAUUCCUUUUGAAACCCCUGACGGUGACAGUGCGGGAGAUUACAAUGAUCUUGUAUAUCAAAUAUAUCUCGAGAAUUAUGAUGCUGUGGUUGGUGACGUGACCAUAUUAGCAAAUAGAUCAAGGUUCGUGGAUUUCACGUUGCCUUACACAGAGUCUGGUGUUUCCACCAUUGUUCGAAUUAUGGAUGAUGAGAGGAAGAACGCCUGGAUCUUCAUGAAACCGCUUACAAUGGACCUCUGGCUGACUACUGGAGCAUUUUUCAUUUUCACUGGCUUUGUUGUUUGGGUACUUGAGCAUCGUAUAAAUGAAGAAUUCCGAGGUCCACCAGGGAAGCAAGUUGGAAUGAUUUUCUGGUUCUCCUUCUCAACGCUUGUUUUUGCUCAUAAAGAGAAGGUCAUGAGCAAUUUAUCAAGAUUUGUAGUAAUCAUAUGGGUAUUUGUGGUGUUAGUACUUACAUCAAGUUAUACAGCCAGCCUGACAUCAAUGUUGACAGUGCAACAACUUCAACCGACUAUUACUGAUCUUUUUGAUCUGACAAAAAAUGGUGAAUAUAUCGGCUACCAAACUGGUUCCUUCGUAACUGAGCUGCUCAAGAGUAAGAAAUUCGAUGCGUCCCAGUUUAGAAACUACAACACAUUUGAAGAGUAUGAUGAAGCACUUCGUAAAGGUAGCAGAAAUGGAGGAGUGGAUGGAAUUGUUGAUGAACUUCCUUAUAUCAGGCUCUUUCUGGCAAAGUACUGCAGAAAGUACACUAUGGUUGGUCCGACAUUCCAGACUGCUGGCUUUGGAUUUGCAUUUCCGAAGGGUUCUCCCCUCGUACCUGAUGUAUCAAGGGCAGUGUUAAACGUGACCGAGGGAGAUAAAAUGAAGAGAAUUCUAAAGGAGUGGUUUGGGGAAGAAACAGAUUGUUCGGAGCAAUAUGGAGCAGUGGCUACUUCCGACAGCCUGACACUGGAUAGUUUUAAAGGGCUUUUCCUGAUAGCUGGAUUGUCUUCUUCACUAGCUCUUGCUAUAUUCUUGCUUAUCUUCCUCUAUGAGAAUAGGGGAGUUCUCGUCUCUAAUGGUUCAGUUGUCCAGAAACUUUCUGCAAUGGCAAAAAUAUUUGAUGAAGAAAGGAAGGAAUUGAGCAGGGCGGCCAAGAAGCAAGGCACAGGAGCCGAAGCAGCAGUUGUUAACGUAGUUUCUCUGGGGAGUAAUCAUGAAUUUGCCCCAAGCCCAGCAAUUAGCUUUUUCCACCACCACCACCAGCAUCAUGAAGAAGAAGGCGUUUGCUCUCAUGAUGAAGGCUUCUCCACUGCAACAGAGCCUGCAAGUCCAAUGCAUGAUGCCAUAGUAAUAGUCACGGAGACAGCAGAAGAAAGAUAGUAGCUCUCCGAGUAAUUGGACUUCCCCAUUUGUUGGAAAGCAAUUACUACCAUGUAUAAUUCUGCCUCGGAUAAAACUAGAAAGUAGCAGUACAGAUAUGCUGUGAAAACAAGUCACAGUCGCAGAUGCUUAGAGGCCAUCAUAUUAUUAUUAUUUUUGUUUCCCAAGUAUCUGAAAAAGUCACCAAGUGUUAUCCCCACUCACAUCAUGAUGAGGAUGAUCAUGAUUCAUACUUUUUAUGUGAAGUACUGAAGUUACAGAUUUUUAGGAGCAUUA